AUGAGAACAAUUACUUUAAUUUCUGUGGUGUUUUAUGUCUACACAGUCCGUGCACGAGUUAUUGUCCAUCCAGUUCAGUAUCCACCGAGUAAUGUUCGACUAGAUCACCGAGAGAGACCGAAUUUAAACACACUAAAUGACGCCGAAUUCAUCUGGAAAAAGAAUUCAAUACCACUUGAGUAUUACAAUGACCUCCACCAUCGUAAUCAAUUGUCUAACGACUUGAAAUCUCCUGAAUUUGUGUGGAAUAAAAAUUCAGUACCACCGGGAUAUCAUAAAGUAGAACAACAAAGUGAACAGUUUGUUAAUGACCUGAAUUCACCUCAUUUAGAUUUCGACCAAUUGUUGUCAUCUGUCAGUGAAACCUUAAACGAUUUUAAAACAGACCUGGAUUAUUUUAAUUACGAGGUAAAUCCGAUAGACACAACACAACUAGAUAAAAAUGAUCUUAACUUUCAGCACAAUGAAUAUUCCAGAACUGACCAAUACGAUAAUACUCUGGGGUCAAAUACAAUUUAUCCUCAUCCUUCAGAUACUCAUGAAGUCAUUGCUUUGACAAAGCAGUAUUCCAAAACGCAAAAUGAUAAAAAUGUUUUCCAUGCCCCACAAGGUCAUUCGCCUGGCAUUUCAAAUGUGUAUGAACCAACAGAAAAACUAUCUAAUUAUGGUUAUGAUCACACGAUGGCACCAACAAAACAGGACUACGUUAAAUAUGAACAGACAACGGCACAACCAAAGUAUGACUACGUGAAAUAUGAACCUACGACGGCUCCACCAAAGUACGACUACGCAAAGUAUGAAACCACGACGACACCACCAAAGUAUAACUACGUAAAAUAUGAACCCACGACGGCACUACCAAAGUAUGACUAUGUUAAAUAUAAAUCCACGACAGAAACACCAAAGUAUGACUACGUUAAAUAUGAACCCACGACGGCACCACCAAAGUACGACUACGGGAAGUAUGAAACCACGACGGCACCACCAAAGUAUGACUUUGUUAAAUAUGAAACCACGACGGCACCACUAAAGUAUGACUACGUUAAAUAUAAAACCACGACGACACCACCAAAGUAUGACUACGUUAAAUAUAAGUCCACGACAGAACCACCAAAGUAUGACUACGUUAAAUAUGAACCCACGACGGCACCAUCAAAGUAUGACUAUGUUAAAUAUGAAUCCACGACAGAACCACUAAAAUAUGACUACAUUAAAUAUAAAUCCACGACAGAACCACCAAAGUAUGACUACGUUAAAUAUAAAACCACGACGGCACCACCAAUGUAUGACUACGUUAAAUAUGAACCCACGACGGCACCACCAAAGUAUGACUAUGUUAAAUAUGAAUCCACGACAGAACUACCAAAAUUUGACUACGUUAAAUAUAAAUCCACGACAGAACCACCAAAGAAUGACUACGUUAAAUAUGAACCCACGACGGCACCACCAAAGUACGACUACGCAAAGUAUGAAACCAUGAAACCACCAAAGUAUGACUACGUUAAAUAUGAACCCACGACGGCACCACCAAAGUAUGACUAUGUUAAAUAUGAAUCCACUUCGGCACCACCAAAGUAUGACUAUAUGAGAUAUGAUCUUUCUACAGAACCCCCGAAAUAUGAUCACACUAGAUACGAGCCAAACUCCGGAUCUCCAAAAUAUGACCAAAUGAAAUAUGAACCCACAACAGCUCCACCAAAGUAUGACUACGUAAAAUAUAAACCCACGAAGGAACUACUGAAAUCAGAUUAUACAUCGGUUUCAACUGUUUACGACUACUCUGUGCACCAAACGAAAUCUACUAGAAUGCCAACGUACGAAAAUACACCCGAACCGCCGAGAUAUGUUGACGAAUCUGGAUAUGCAACAAAAUCCCAAAAAUACCAUCAUCUAUUAUAUCCACAGAAAGGUGACUAUGCCGUACAAGAUAAGACAGUUUCAGAAAAUUCUAUCAAGCUUAAGAGUUUGAAAAGUCAGGCAAAGUCUUAUUCGCCUGAUUAUCAUGCUAAUGGGAAACCAUUAAUCAUAGAAUGGACAAAGAAGGAGAAAAUGUUUGCUGACAAAGUAAAGUACUGGUUCUGGAAACUUAAAAGCCAACAAAACGUGAGAUAUUUUGAAAGACUUGUCAAAUUGCUGAAAACUAAAUCAUUGGACUUUGAGAAAAUACAGGAUAUCGUUUUUGAAUCAGUUAUUGAUUGUCGUGGUCCAGUUCAAACUCUAUUUGCUGUUAAAAAGAAAGAUUUAGUGAGACAUUUUACAAAAUUCUGUGAAUCAGUUGAAACGAACAAGAAAAAAAUUGCAAUGAAUGCUUACCUUGGGAUAUGGGAGAAACUGAAAAACAUGUGUUUGAAAGGAAAUCCAUGUUGUAGAGGGAUUGUAAGAAAGAUAAAGAAAACACACAUUGAUAGCAACAGCAAAAGCGUCAGUAAGUCAACGUCCGAAAGUCAUGAAAAUCUAAGUACCGAAACAUCAGAAAGUAAAGAAGAGGAGACAAAUGGAAAAUAUUCACCGCCAAGAAAUGGUAAGAAAAUAAACAGGAGAUAUAGCAAGGUUUCCUUUAAAAGGAAAAGACUUGAGGAAAGCGAAAGCGGAAGUGAAAGUGAAGAGCAAGUCAGCAGAUCAGAGGAGAACUUUGACAUCUCUAGUAGCACUGAAGGUCAGAAAAAGACAUAUGGAGCAGAAAUAAAAUCAUACAUCAAACUGAGCAGUAGUAGAAGCAAAGAUUCCGACAUUAGUAGGGGAGACGACACAGAAACCCCCACACAUAGCACAGACUACUCAGUUAUACUAGGAAAAAGGAAGAGGAAAUCAAAACUUAAAAGAAAGAAAAAUGACAGCAAAAAUUCUGAUAUCAGCAACGAAGAUGUUACAAACAGUGCGAAAUCCUCUAAAAGCAGUGAAGAUUCCUCUAGGACAAUAGAAAGUAGAAAAAAGAAACGUAAGAGUCAUUACAAAAGAAAGAUACUAGAUAAAAGUAGCAGAAGUGAAAGCAAAGAUUCCAACUCCGAUGAAGUUGAUGAAUCAAGUUUUUCAUCGGAGUCUGGAAGUAGUGAAGAAUAUUUUUACAUAUAAAACAUAUUAAUAUGUGGACAUAUUAUUAUGUGGAAAAGGAUAUGCUGUUUGAUAAUGUUUUGCCUCGAUUCACGCAUUGUCCACUAAAAUCCAGUUGUUUUAUUUUAUUUUUUAGUUUUGUAAAUGUAUUUUUAUGUUUUUCAUGCUUCUUUUUAAUAAGAUGUCUUCUUUAAGUGUUUUCUUUUUUCCAUUUUAUAUAUUUUUAUGCUAU